AUGGGCACGUUGGCGCCAGUCCGCAGCAACCCCGGGCAGACAUCACAUCCCCACUUCUCCCUUGCGUUUCCCUACGCCAAGCAUUUUCCACCAGAGUAUUGCAAGAUUCCACACAACAAGGACUCUGUUUACAAGGAUAUUGAGCGGAAAGUACGGAAGUUCAACUCUAUAGAGGUCCCUAAAAAACUGCAAGCAAUACUUCCUUUUACUUCUAAGCCGAAGGAUAGACCUAAGAGUAAGAAGCCAACCACGGAUAGGAUCCCAGUAAUCAUGGAUACUGACGAGAAGAAGAGGAAUGCAGCUAUUCAACAGUUGAAGCAAAUAAAGCAUGAGAAGAUGAGGAAGGAGAAAAUUAAGCGUGGACUGCAGAAGAAAGCACACGAGGCCCAGAAAGCCAAGACCGAUCUGGUGACCAAGAAGCGACAGAGGGAAGACAGGCGUGAGCGAUACAGGGAAGAAGAUAAGAAACAGAAACGUGCCCGAAGAUAAGUGGAACGAUUCAGCGUGUAAGGGAUGUUACACACGUGGUACCAUGA